AUGCCCCCCAAACGGAAUAAAAGUGCUACUCCAUCUGGGGUUACUCCGACUGGGCCAGCUGCUGCUAAUAAAAACUGGGAAACAGCUCUUACUUCUGCUGUAUUUGAAGAGAAUGACUGGAGGGCCAGUCUGUCUAUGGUGCAGGCAGAAAAAGCAGAGGACGAACAGCUCAUCAGCGCCCUCCUGCAGGCGGUCCAGCAGCCCCUGCGCAAGCUCUUCAGUGUGCUGUCCUGGGAGGACACUCUGGAAAAGAUCAAUGAACUGGGAAACCCAAAGACCAGAAAGACCAAAGAUGUUCCCAUGUUUUGUGAGGUGACUGAAGUUGCAAAGUCUAUAAUGGAUGUUGGAGAGGAAAUUACUGUGGACCUGAUGGCAAAAUUAAUAAAGUUUCAGCUUCUGACCAUCAAAAAUAAUGACAUUGCAAGGAGGGCUGCUGAGCAGAAGUCUAUAGAGGAUAUCCGUGCUAAAGCAGGACUGAAUUCUGCCGGCAAGGACCAGGGGGGUAAAGGAGCAGCAAAGGGGAAGAAAGCUGCCGAGCUUCCAGUUCCAACCAAAGACACCAAUCUCAAACGCAGAGGGGAAGAGGAAAAUAUAAUCAAAUACAUAGAUGAUGAGCCUGAUGACGGGCCGCAGCACUACAUCCUGAUUGUGGGGUUCUGCCAGCCUCAUUUAAUCUCUGCAUUGGACGGUCUGGGUAUCCACGUGUCCAAUAUCAUUAAACUGGGCUUAGAUAGAGAAGAAGAAUUAGAGGCUCCAGAGGAAACAGUGGCAGAUGAGAAUCACCACUCAACUGAAGAUCAAGAAGUAGAGACACUUAAACAAAAGAGGCAGUGGGAGCUAGAUGUGUUCUGGAAGCAGCUGGAUCAAGUCUUGAACAGUGGGAAUAUGGGAUCAAGUCUCAGUGAUGUUGCCAGGUUGAACUAUAAUGUGAAGAUUCAUUUGCUGCCCCAGGACAAAGGCAACACUGAAGCAAUGGUGAAUGGAGAAGAAGAACUGGCAUUUGGAGCUGCUAUAUUUGAGGGGGUGGCAUGUCUUGUAUAUGACAGCAUGGACUGGAGGAGACAGUACAGCCAUUAUCUCAGCUGUAUAAGGUUUAUCCAGGUACCAGAGACCUGCAGAUCCAUCCAGCAGUCCCGACCGCAGAGCUCCACUGAGGUUGUACAACCCCCAAGGAAGAAAGUAGCAUCAGAGGAAGACCCUGGUAUACAAGAAGAGCCAGAGUCUCCUGUUCUGAGCACAGAGGUGGAUAUGAGAUUCUACUGUGACCUACUGGACAGGAUUCCUACUGAAAUCCCAUCUGUGCCUUUUAUACUGCAUUGCAUGCUAGAGCAGGUGGUGGCUUCAGAACAGGAAGGAUCUGAUGAUUCAGAAGAGCGCUGUGAUAAAACAGAUCAAGAUCUAAUCAGUUACAUGCUCUCAUCUGUGCUGAGUCUGCCACAGGAUGAAGAAGACAAUAAGGAUCUCAUGAAGAAUCUUGAGAUGCACAACAGCCCAAAGAAUACUGAUCAGAAACACCCGCUCCUGCUCAAUCACCAUGAUGAGAGAGCGAGAAGACUCCAUCAGCUUCCUGUCCUAGAUGGUUUUGAUGUCAUCAAAAUUGAAGCAGACAUCAUGAAGCAAAGCCAUGUGUGGACCAACCUGAUGUCCAGGCACGCUGAGAGCGCCAUUGAUAGACUGACCAGAUCACAGGAGCUACUGCAUUUCUGCACUGACAAGUCAAUGAGCUGGUCUGAGCUACAGAGGCUUCUCCAGCUGUUUGUGUUUGAGAGCAUGCCGUUGACUACAGUGGAUGAGAGCGGCUGUAUUAAAGGAUCUCAAUCAGAUCCUCCAAACCCCACACCAUGGGACAACCCUGUUGAAUUCACCAAACACCUGUACUGGAGCAACAGAAGGAUACCAGGAUCAGCAAAAAGCAGUGCUGGGACUGAUGAACAAACGGGUCAUGAAGUAACUGUAACAGAUCUCCAGAAGACAUUGAUUCGUCAGCUGGGACACUGGAACUUUGUAGAGAAACACAGUGCUUAUGUUUUCCCGCAGGUCUUUCAGUCUGCGUGUGAGACUUAUAGAUGUGUGAACACAUUUCACUGUUGCAGAGACAAUGCAAUAUAUGUCAUCUGCCAAAAUCCCAUGAGCCCUCAGAGGAGUUGCAAAGAAUUCUGGGAUGCAUCACUUCACACAGAUGUGGGCUUCAGGAACUACUUGGAAUAUGUGGCAGACUCAAUCAGUGAAUGGACCAAGCAGGAAGAGGAAAAAUGGCAGAUGGAGCAGGAGAAGAAAGAGGCAGAAAGAAUUCCCAUUCAAACCCCUUCAGAGACUGACAGGAAGAGAGACUCCCCAAUCUCAGACACAUUAGAACCGUAUAUAAGAGAGGACUCUCUCAAAGCAUGGAAGAUCGAGCAGGAAAGAUUAGAGGACGAACAAUCCAAAAAGACUAAGAAAGAAAAAGGAGGAAAAGCAACACCGAAAGUAGGAGAGAGAAUCGACUCCGUAAAGGAAAACAAGAAGACUCCGCUGUCCUCAAAAAAGAGUAGAGACAACAUGUCCAAAACACCCAGCUCGGCUACACUACCUAGAGACAAGACCAGAGACAUUCUAGAGACGCCUCAAGAACCAGCAAAUGAGAUGAGAACAAAUGUUUUCACAGGCUACAGUUUAAAUGGAAAACUGGUACAGGUUGCUGGCAAAGUUCAGUCUCUCUAUCCCUGUGAUGGAGGACAAAUUGAUGUGGAGAGUUUUCACUUCACACAAGGGCUGACACAAGUGAAAGUAUGUGUAAACAAGGAUGGCCAUCACUUCUACACACACAUUUCAGAGAGAAAAAAAGAGGACAAACUAAAGGAUUUUGACAUGUUCAGUAAACAAGUCAUCAAACACAAGAGAGAUGGAUCUACUGAGGUCCUAUUUACAGAUGGUACAGUCAGUACGAGUCCAGACUCUGGACCAGUGUGUGUGCUGGUUCCACACACACUCCUAAAGGAGGAAGAUCCUAUUAAAGAGAUGAUAGUGGACACCAAAGACAAGAAAGGCAAGGCUGAUUCUAAGGUAAAUACAGAGGAUGAGCAACAAAAGUCCACAGAAAAUGAAAGAACAAAAUACUAUUUCGAGAUUAACGGGGGCUCUUGGACCACCACAACCCCCUCUGGCUCCAGAGUCGCCUCUGUGGCUGGAAAGGAAGUUAAAGUGCAGCCGAUACUGGCCUAUCAUGCUACAGACCCCUUCAGUGGGACAGCUGUGGUCACAAGAGAGGACAAAGUGCUGUCUGUGCUGAAGAAAGAUGGAACGGUGAUAGUGGAUCACGCUGAUGGGACGCGUAUUACCACCUUCUACCAGCAGGGGGAGCUGCAACAACAUCUGAGCUCAGAGAAACUGGUUCGGGUGGAAAAAGCUGAAUUUGCAACGGUGAUUAUGGACUAUGAGGGAAGAGCAUGUGAUGUUAUUUUCGGGGAUGGCACCUUCAUCAGCGCAACUGCGCAUGGAUCAUAUAAAAUUUAUCCUCAUGGUGGAGGUGUUCUUCUUAUUGAUAAGGAUGGUGGGGUGGUGUACACAUCUAAACAGUCUCAAGAGCGAUCAGAGAGGAACCCACUAGGCCAAUAUGUGAUGAACCACAGAGCAGAUGUCCUAUGUCAUGUGACAGACCCCGAGGGGAACCACUUUCAAGUUAAUGCAGAUGGGCAGGUUACUAUCACGGCUAAUGGAUCAGAAACAAAAGAGCCAGAGACAGAAACAGAGCUUCACCAGAAUGCUGGCUUUAAAACACACCCACCCAGGUUAUUUGUGGUGCAUGAGGACUGUUCAGCCUCAGAGCUGCUGAGAGCUCAAGAUGUGGAAGAUCUCCUACAGAAGGCUUACUGUGACUCUUCUAUCGCCAUCCUCACUGACCCACUAGCAGACUCACAACAAUCAUUUGGCAUAACUCUGCUAAGGCCCUGCCCAGACAUCAACUCUCAUUGGCUCUCAUCCAAGCAAGAGGAUGACAUCAUUCCCACACACCUCAAAUCCAGGAAAUGGGAGUCAUUCCCUGCAUCUGAGAAGAAGACUCCAGGCCCGCCUUUUGGGACUACCCUUGGUUGUAGUCUUGAGUUGAAGGAAAAACCGCCAAAGUCUAGUUCCAUCCACAUCCAUCCGGUUUUGGAGUGCCCUGAUGUGCUGCUGGUGCGUCAGAUGACCCAGCAUCCACCUGUUACUGAAGCACUGCGCAGGAACCUGCAAGACAAAGUCAAGGCGUAUUUGGAGCAGCUGCUGCAGAGAGAGAAUCAGUGGGAGAAGAUGGAGCUGAAGGACCCGCGUACAGCAGAGGAGAAAGUUCAUCAGAACGAUCUACUGCAGCUUGUACUGUCCCUGCCUGAUGCUGUAGACCCUCCAGUUGCAAUGGAGAUAAGGCCUCUGUCAGCUGAUGUGGCGUCUCUCUAUACUCAAGCAGUGCGAGCAGCUCAACAUCCCCACGAGCUACAGGAAAAGAGAGAAGAGAAAGUUACCAAGUGUGUCAAUAAAAAGAAGCAAAAGUCACUGUGGGAAAACAGGAUUAACCAGCACAGGCAAGAACUCCAGGAGCAGAGAAGACACAGAAACGCACUCAGACACCAUAUCGUUACUCCAUACUUUCACCCUGAGCUGAAGGAAAUGUCACUCUUUACAGAUGAGGCUAGUACAACCAUCUGA